AUGAAACUAAGACCGGAAUUCCUGGUGCUUAAGCCAGGGACCCUGAUCGUCGACUUCCGUGCGGCUGGGCCGAUCAGUCGUGAAGCGAUGUAUAUGUCGAUCGUCAUGUUGAAAAAUGGUCUCAAUUCUAAAGUUUUGAAUUGUUUGGCAAUGCUGCUGUCGCGGUUUCUGACCAGUGCGGUAAGGGCCAAAAAAUGGCACUCAAUGUAUCUGAUGGAGGGUCUCCGGGCGCGGUACUGUUCAUCAACGAAUCCGCCAGACCAGGCCACUAUAAAUCAGCUGGAGGAGGUCAAAUCCAUCUCGAACCAGCAAAAACUGUAUAUGAUAGAUCCUACAACACCAGGGUCAAUAUUUUUUCUCCCUCAUGGUGCACGAUUAUUCAACAAGUUAGUAGAAUUUAUGAAAGUACAACAGCGGAUGUUUGGAUUCGAGGAGGUCAUAACUCCUGUUAUCUAUAAAAAGGACCUUUGGAAAAGGAGCGGCCAUUGGGCUCAUUAUAAGAGAGAUAUGUUUGAAGUAUUUGGUGCAGACCAUGGAGAACAGUCUGCUGAUGGCGAUAUGUCCUCGACUGAAAAUAAAAGCGAAUAUUCUUUAAAACCAAUGAAUUGUCCAGGUCAUUGUUUAAUAUUUUCUCGCCAUGAGCGUUCGUUUCGAGAAUUACCCAUUCGUCUGACUGACUAUUCACCAUUGCAUAGAAACGAAGCAUCAGGGGCAUUGACCGGACUGACCCGUGUUCGAAAGUUCCAUCAAGACGACGGCCAUAUUUUUUGCAUGCCAGAUCAAGUAGAGACUGAAAUGAACUCAUGUCUCAAGCUUAUUGAUACAGUCUAUAGAAUCUUUGGUUUAGAUGAUUAUGAACUUACACUUUCUACUCGGCCAGAAACAUUCAUUGGCACGGUAGAAGUCUGGGAUAGAGCCGAGGCAAAUCUAAAAGAGGCACUCAAUCGUAGUGGCAAGCCAUGGACAGUUAAUGAAGGAGAUGGAGCGUUUUAUGGGCCCAAAAUCGAUAUUUUAGUCAAGGACAAUUUGGGUAAGCAACACCAAACAGCAACAAUCCAGUUGGAUUUUCAACUUCCUGAAAAUUUUGCUCUAGAAUUCACUACAUCAUCUGGUACUCAACAUCGACCUGUUAUGAUUCAUAGGGCCAUUUAUGGUUCCAUCGAGCGGUUCAUGGCUAUUCUAAUUGACCACUAUCAAGGUAAAUGGCCAUUCUGGAUUAAUCCGCGUCAGGCAUUGGUUAUUCCUGUUUCCGCUAAACAUGCCGAAUAUGCACAAUCUGUUGCUGAGAAGCUGUCCGGCAAGUUGUUCACUUCCAAUACGGAAUCUGUUCCUGCUGGAAAGCUGGGUGCACAAGUUUUCAAUGUAGAGGUGGCUCUUCAAGACGAGCCUGUUAAUGUUCGGAUCAGGCGCGCCAUUUCCGAGAACUAUUCUUUCAUACUCAUGGUUGGCGAUCGUGAAGUAGAGUCGAACACCGUCACUAUGAGACCUAGAGGAAGUAGAGCUACCCAAACAGUGACAGUCGAAGAACUGCAUCAGCAUUUUUGUAAACUACAAAACGAAUACGCUUAA